AUGCGGCGUAGUCGACCACGUUUCUCACCUUGGCGUCAAAAUCGUCCACCAUAUCAACAAUCAUAUCGACCUCACUCUUCUCAAUAUCAACAACAAGGUCAAUCAAGUGAUGUGUUUGAUUUUCUCAACCUACCAGAAUCAUUUCCAUCAAUGAAACAGCUUAUUGACGAUCCAAUCUUAACUCCAAUUAUUAUGGAACGUAUUCAACAAUUAACACCAUCAGCAGCUGAUAGUUUUGCAUUGAUGAAUUUUGUUACACGUGUUCGACAAAAACUUGAAGCCCUUGUUCUUUCACCACAUUCAUUUACUGCUUGUCAAAUAAGUGAAGUACGUGAUGUUGGUUCGCAUAAACAUAAUACAAUAAUUAUUCCAUCAAUUGGUUCUCAGUCGCGUCUAACAUCUGAUCUUGUUGUGGUUCUUAAAACACUUCCAACAAGAGAAGCCAUAGAACAAUUAGGUAAUCGUUUAAAACAAGAUCUUCAAAAUGAAUAUCAACCAAAUGAAGAAGCAUUACUUUCGAUUCAAUCUACUGAUUAUGGUCUUUCACUUGAAAAUGGAACAAUGGCUGUACAUUUAUUAUUAACAACAUUACCAGCUAAUUGGCAUACACUUGAUCCAACAAUACAUUUAGAUCGAGCUAUGUGUAAACGUAAUUUUAAUGCUACAAAACAUGCAAAAUGGGUUGAUGAAGUUUGUAUUCAUCCAUCAAAUAAAGUUCUUGUCCGUUUAUUAAAAGAUUUACGACAACGUUUUCAUGGUCUUGAACCACUUAAUCCAUGGUUAAUUAAUUUACUUGCUCAUCAUUGUGUAACAAAUAAUAAUUCAACUGAACAAUUACCACCUAGUUAUGCAUUCAAACGAGCAUUACAACUUUUAUCAAGUGGUCUAUUUUUACCCGGUUCGAAUGGUUUAUACGAUCCAUUUAGUGAUGCAAAUAUGCAUCCAUCUCGAUUACAUACAAUAAUGACAUCUGAAGAACAAGAUCGUUUAUGUUAUACAAGUCAAACAUUAUUACGUGCUCUUGCAAUUCAUCCAAAAUAUGUACUCGGUAUUGAAAAUGGACCAGAUAUAUUUGCUGGACCAUGUCAAUUGAACGGUGUUUUAUUUGUACCAAAUGAACCUGUUGUAUUUGAUAAUGAGUCUAAUGGUCAUGCGUUAAAUGAUAGUCAACAACAAUCAAUGUUUGUUGAAGUCAAUAGUUAA